CUGGACGAGGACAUUUCCGCGUCGGCACCGUUUCCUAGCUCCCUGGCUAUCCUGUCGCAGUGCACGGAUCAUACACAAACAUUGUAUCGUCGAGUCACAGAAUGGAGACCUGUAGCCCACCGGAUCGCUCUGACCUAGUGUCCGAAGAUGGGAAGAACAUCAAGUCUGUCUUGUGUCAACGUUGCGGAUCUAAGGUGUUGACGCCAGGAAGUGCAGUGUUUGCAGAAAAAGAGCUGGUUCUACCCUGCAUGCGGAAGAAAAAGGGUGUCCAAAGCGCAGAGGGCUCAGUGGACAGCGACACGUUGACUGCCCACUGGUUAGUCGAGGACAUGUUCACCUUUGAGAAUGUUGGCUUCACCAAAGGUGUCGGGAAUAUCAAGUAUCUCAUCUGUGCGGAUUGUGAGAUCGGACCAAUUGGCUGGCACUGUUUAGAUGAUAAAAAUAGCUAUUAUGUCUCUUUGGAACGGGUUGAUCAUGCCUAGUGAAUCCAUCCGGACUUGUUGUGAUUUUUGGUGGACUUACUUCGAGGGUGGACUUGAGUCUCAAACUGAGGCACCUUAGGACACGUGUGGGCACGUGUGUUUGUGAGCCGUCUUUCUAUCAACUAACUUGGUUAUGUUUUGGUUAUAACUGCCACAAUUCUGUCAUUGACUGCGUUGUACAAUGUCUUCAUGUUCUUUUAUAAAAAUCCAGAAAAUGGUG